UUCCGGGUUUCGAGGAAUGUAAAGUCAGCCUGUUGGUUGUUCGACAAGCUUUCACAUGAUUAUAUAUGAAACUGAAAAAAUAAUUCUGUAAUUGUAGAAAUAAUUAAGAGUGCUUUUGUAAGUCCCGAGAUCUGGAAAAGAACCGUGUUUUAGGCUUUAAACAGGUUGAAUUUGAUUAGAAGAAAUGGCUGUAACAUUAAAGUUUUCGGCCACAUUGAGUGAAUCAGAUCCGCAGAAUAAUCCCGUACUGAUAGUUGGGCAGAUCAAAAAUCUCAACAAAGUCACGUACGAGAAAGUGAAACUAAAACUUGAACCCAGAGUAGACGCUGAGACGUACAAUAAUGCUGUUAAUGGUCUUCAUCCAUCACCGACUGACUCCUGUCCGUUAUGGUUAAAUAAUGCCACCGUAGCAGCCCUUCCUAUAAAAUGUAGCCGUCAUAAUACGCCAUCACGAUGUCAUUCAUUGAGUAAAAUCGUUAAAAGUUGUUUAGUUGGUGGAUCAGAGUUUGUUGUGUUAGUUUGUGAGAGAGAGGAUGUUUAUGCAUCAGCUUGUGCAAUCGCCCGAUCCUUGCCGUUAUAUUCAGCCAAAUCCACCUCCUCACCAUCCAAGAGAACAGUAACGGUAGAAGUACUACUGGUGGGCGACGACAAGGGUGUUUUAUCGGAAGCUGAUUUAGCAUGUAUGACAUCUGCUGCUGAGUCUGUUCGUCUGAGUGCCAAGAUCGUUGAUAUGCCUUGUGCUGAGAUGAAUACAGAUGAUUUCUUGGAGGAAAUAAAGAAAGUAGGAGCAGAUUUGAAUAUUGUUCCUGAAAUUAUUCGAGGUGAAGAAUUGAAGGAGAGGGGAUUUGGAGGUAUCUAUGGUGUUGGCAUGGCAGCAGAACAUCCACCAGCUCUAGCGGUAUUAAGUCAUAAACCAAGUGGAGCUAGUAAAACCAUAGCCUGGGUGGGUAAAGGUAUCGUCUAUGAUACUGGUGGACUCUGUAUCAAGUCUAAGACUAGUAUGUGUGGUAUGAAACGAGAUUGUGGCGGUGCAGCCGGUAUUCUAGGAGCCUUCUGGACGGCAGUUAAACUUGGAUUUAAAGAGAACUUACAUGCUGUAUUUUGUUUAGCGGAGAAUGCUGUUGGUUCUAAAGCCUUUAGACCCGAUGAUAUCCUGUACAUGUACUCUGGACGAACAGUUGAAAUCAAUAAUACAGAUGCCGAGGGUCGAUUAGUUUUAGGAGAUGGGGUGGCGUAUGCUAAUAAAGAUUUGAAGGCAGACAUUAUCGUUGACAUGGCAACACUAACAGGUGCACAAGGUAUUGCUACAGGUCGUUACCAUGGUAGUAUUGUAACUAAUAAUGAGUAUUUGGAGUUAUCGUGUAUUAAAGCAGGUCAGAAUUGCGGUGAUCUUGUUCAUGCUAUGCCAUAUUGCCCCGAGUUACACUUUAAUGAAUUUUCUAGUGCCAUAGCGGACAUGAAGAACUCGGUCUCUGAUCGUAGUAAUGCUCAAGUAUCAUGUGCGGCUCUGUUUAUUGGAUCACAUAUAGGAUUUGAUUUCUCUGGACUGUGGUUACAUAUUGAUAUGGCUGCACCAGUCUAUGUGGGUGAACGAGCGACAGGCUAUGGUGUAGCUUUCUUAACAACCGUUUUCGGCACGCUGUCUGAGAAUUCUUUGUUACAAUCAAUUGCACCUCCUGUGAUUAACGAAGAUAUGGAAACCAAGGAAAGUAACUCUCCUAAAAAAAUACGACUAUUGUGAUGAUAAAUUCCCUCCCCUUCUGUUACACUAAGUAUUGAACGGAUAGAUCUAAUUCAUAAGGCCAACUUCAAGUUGGGUCAAAGGUCACGACAUCUAAACAGGGCUAGUGCUAAUCCCAACCCUAAGCCUGGACCUAGCCCUAAUGCUUACUCUAACCCUAACCUACAAUCUCCCAACAAUCACGUGGUGUCCUAACCUUAUUUUCAUCUACGUGACCUUGACAAAAAUUGAGUUGGCCUUAACAAAUAGAUCUAGCCUAUUUAACCCUCAAAUAUUUAUUUUGAUUAUUUUACCGAUUAAUGUAUGCUAUGUAAUCUUGUUAAAAUACAGAUCUAUAUUUUGUUUUGUUUUUAUACAUUUAAUGACCUCAACUACAUGCGGAUCUGAUCAGUUGUAGAGGGAGGUCACGUCAGGGAUCAUACGAACGAAAUAGGAUCUGACCAGUUGUAGAGGGAGGUCACGUCAGGGAUCAUACGAACGAAAUAGGAUCUGAUCAGUUGUAGAGGGAGGUCACGUCAGGGAUCAUACGAGCGAAAUAGGAUCUGAUCAGUUGUAGAGGGAGGUCACGUCAGGGAUCAUACGAGCGAAAUAGGAUCUGACCAGUUGUAGAGGGAGGUCACGUCAAGAGUCAUACAAGCGAAAUAGGAUCUGUGUUUUAAUCAGAUUGAAUUCCAUGUUUAGUCAAGUUUUAUUAUACUAGUCUGAAUAAUUUUACACCAAACGGGAAUGCUUGAUUGGCCGCCCGGAAUUGCAAACACGGGUCGGGGGAAUUCAGGUCUGCCAGUCCCGACAACUGAGGGUCUGAGUAGAAUCGUUACGUAAUUUAACGCAACAAAUAUAUUUCAGCUGUCAUGGUUGGUUGAGAUACUUUCUUAUGCAGUCGGCAGCGUUCACGUUGUGAUUCAUUCGAAAUCCCUCUUUUCAUUCAAUUAUGACUAUUUUGUGAAUUGAGAGAAUUCUGGAACAUUGAAUCAAGUAUCUGUAGAGUGUUUGAUCGUUAUUUGAGCCAUGUUGUUAAUCCCUUGUAAACUACCAUGUUUGUAAUAUUUUAAUCUCUGUAGUCGAGUGUUUCACUUCUGUCAACCUCCUCUACAAAUUAUGUAAAAUAAAUAUGAUGAACUGAAGAUAUGUCCACUAUAGAUAAUAUAAACAAAUGAACAAUUUUCAAAACAAAGUUAUUUUUGGGUUAAAAUACAUAUUUUUUUUUGUUUUUAUAUCGCACUUCACCCAGUAGUAAUAAAGCCAUACAAGAUAUUCUGGUUCCUGGACAAUCAUUCCUAAACAUCGCAUUUCAAGACAUUUAUUGCAUGUUGAAUAUAUGAUUAUCCAGUAUCAUUUAUCGCAUCAUAAUGUUGAAUAUUUGAUCAUCCAGUAUCAUUUAGGAUUGUCAAAUUUAUUUGUCAAGCCUACGGUACAUUAUCAGAUUCCUGUAAAUGGGGGGAAAUAUUUGUGUGGUCAUUAAUAAACUGUUUUUAAUUUUUGAAUGAUGUGGGGCUAUCUGAGGAACCAGAAUUUAAUUUUUAUAUGGCCUAAGCUUGAGAUAUUUACACUUCACCCAUAUUGUCGAAGCAUUGGUUAUGAGUAAUACAAUAAGCUUGAGAAAUAUCCACAUCACGUAGUUUAGAAUAUUUUUACUGUUGUUGUAUGUGUCAGUGUUAAACAUGGUGAUUAAGAUACAAAAUGUCGGCAGGUUUUGUCCAAGCUGUAAAUGUCUGUAAAUUUCAUCUAACAGGAAAGAAAUCCUGAGGAUAAAUUGUUAAAGCGACAUUGAGAAUAACACGUACAGGACACAAUUAUAUGGAAUACAAGUUACGUAGAAGUUAUUUCUGGUUACCAGUGGGGAGGUGUUCGAUGGCCGAAUGGUUAGUGUGUGAGCGUUGUAUCAUAAGGUCUGUCAUUAAGUCAACUGGCGCGGUUUUGAUUCCCCGGUUGUACGUGACAACUGACAAGGAGUAGAGUUGCCUGUCCAACCUCAUGGGUUUUCUCCAGGUCCUCUGGUUUCCUCCCCUUACGCACAAGCGAAUUAUUGAAAUAAAAAUGAACCAUGUGUUAGUCCCGAAAUGACCUACUUUGUGUUGAGUGGAGGUUGAAUCCCAUUUCUAUCUUUCUCUCAUUUUUGGUGACCUUUUGACAAGGGUUCUUUUGACAAGGGUUGUUUUGGUGACCUUUUGACAAGGGUUGUUUUGUCUUUAUUUAGUAAAGAUAAAUUAAAUUGUAUUCCAUAUAAUCGUGUUCCGUGUUAUUUAAAAUUAGCGAUACUUUAUAAAAUUAAUAUUCCACUUCAUAUUACAUAUUAUGGUGGUGCUUGGUUGUUGAUCCAGCCAGAACGUUCUAAAUUGAUGAAAAUCGCAGUUGUGUCCUUUCAUAGUUCUGCCAGUCCGGAACUGACUGAUGUGUAUAGAUGAUUAUUUUCACAUGUUUAUCGUUGAUUAUGUAUUCAUACAUUGUUGUUGUUGUGUUGCUAGGCAGCGUCGAGUGUCUGUUAUUUAUCAUUAUGCGAUGAUUUUAUUGUGAUAUGCUUCAAUAUGUUAUCAAAUAUGGCAACCAAUCGUGGAAUAAUAGAACCAUCUUCAAUUAACCAAGGUCCAUAAAAUAUCAUUAUUGUCUUUGGUUCAACAUGGUUUAAUUUAAUUAUAUAUGUGGGGUUGGAUGGUCGAUUUGUGUAACGUGUAACCAAUGCACUUUAUAUCAUAAGAUCUGUCUGUCAUUGAGUCGAGUGGCGUGGUUUCUAUUCCACGCUUGUUCGUGACAAGAGUAAGGUCGUCUGCUCAACCACAUGGUUUUUUCUCCACUUGAUAUAAAGUGAGUAAGACACUAGCUCACUAGCCUGGAGGGCGCGGGUUCGAUCCUGGUGCAGGUUGGAGGGCCUGUAAAGGACAGCUAUCUAGUCUUUCGGAUGGGACGAAAAACUGAGGUCCUGUGUUCACGUUGGCGGGCUUGUCAAAGAUCCCUUAGCAGUUGGAAUUCAAUAUAAGAGUAGGCUGUAACAACGCUGUCCGAGCAAAAUUGACCUCAUAUCACACUGUAUGGCGUAUGCCCGUCUUCAUUAGCCCAGUCAGAGCAGAAUAGUAGGACGUUAAACCCCAUUUCAUUUCUUUUUGAGCUAUUUUGAACCAAUGGUAUGUUAGAGACCAAGGUUUUGAGCUAUUUUGAACCAAUGGUAUAUUAUAGAUCAAGAUUUUGAGAAGAAAUAUUAAAAUCUGAAUUGUUUAAUUCUACUUUAAGAAUAUCUGUUGAUUAAUGGCUGCUGCUGCUGUCUGAUAGAUAUAUAUAUAUACUAAUAAAUAUUUCUAGCAAUAAAACAAUAAAUAACAUAAA